UUGUUUUUUAUUGCUUCUCUGAGGUGGCUUUUGAAAGAGACUCAAGUGACACAUGUUUGAGAAGGGUUUAAAAGUUGGACACGGCUGGAUGAGGCAUUAUUCGUCUGGUGAGGAGCGGAAGAUUGGUACUUCUGUGGACGCGUGUGACCAUUUGGGCACCAAACCCAGCAAUGAAUAAUUCAACAGGCUGUUCGGCCAGUGCCACAGUUUGCAAUGGGUCGUCCUGUGUGCUGACUGAGAGCAAUUUCAAUAACAUCCUCAGCGUGGUCCUGAGCACUGUCUUGACCAUCCUCUUGGCCAUGGUGAUGUUCUCCAUGGGAUGCAAUGUGGAAAUCAAGAAAUUCCUAGGACACGUAAAGCGGCCGUGGGGCAUAUGCGUUGGCUUCCUCUGUCAGUUUGGAAUCAUGCCCCUCACGGGAUUCAUCCUGUCAGUGGCCUUUGACAUCCUUCCCGUCCAAGCUGUAGUGGUACUCAUCAUGGGAUGUUGUCCCGGAGGAACCGCCUCCAAUAUCUUGGCCUACUGGGUCGAUGGCGACAUGGACUUGAGCAUCAGUAUGACCACAUGCUCCACGCUGCUUGCCCUGGGAAUGAUGCCGCUGUGCCUCUUUAUCUAUACCAAAAUGUGGGUCGACUCUGGGACCAUCAUAAUUCCCUUUGAUAACAUAGGUACGUCUUUGGUCGCUCUUGUUGUUCCUGUUUCCAUUGGAAUAUUUGUUAACCACAAAUGGCCCCACAAAGCCAAGAUCAUUCUUAAGAUCGGGUCCAUCACAGGUGCAAUCCUUAUCGUGCUCAUAGCUGUCGUUGGAGGAAUUCUAUACCAGAGUGCCUGGAUCAUCGCUCCCAAACUGUGGAUCAUAGGGAUGUUAUUUCCUUUGGCUGGUUACUCCCUAGGGUUUUUACUGGCUAGAAUAGCUGGUCAGUCCUGGCACAGGUGCCGAACAGUUGCUUUGGAAACGGGGAUGCAGAACACUCAGCUGUGCUCCACUAUCGUGCAGCUCUCCUUCACCCAGGAGGAGCUCAACGUCGUGUUCACUUUCCCGCUCAUCUACAGCAUUUUCCAGCUCGCCUUUGCGGGAAUCUUCCUAGGCAUUUAUGUGGCAUACAAGAAAUGUCAUGGAAAGAAUGACAUGGAAUUUCCAGAGAGCAAAGACAUCGAAACGGUCUCUGGGUCAUCGUUCUCAAAGGUGAAUGGAGGAUUUCAGCCAGAUAACAAGUAG